AUGGUUGCAGUGGGCCAGAGCGCCUCCAUGUCUCUAGACUAUCGAAAACAUUUGUCUGGUCCUACUACCGUGUCAUCCGCCACCGAGUUCGUGUCCAGUCUGGCGCUGUUGAUGGCGCCUUGA